CACAACAACGUGACGUAGAAGCCAAGAUGGCGGCUCCCCACUCCACCAUGAGAUUUUGGAAGCCGGGCUCAGAGGCACCGGGGAUUUCCGAGGAACGGGAGCUCAACUCGGAGACCACCGGCUCCCCCAUCAUCUUCAACCCCAACACCGCCUUCUCUAUAGAGAAGCAGCGACAGAAACUCCCCGUUUUUAAGCACAGAAACAACAUCUUAUACUUGGUUGAAAGCUACCAAACUGUAAUCAUAGUUGGUGAGACCGGGUGUGGGAAAACGACACAAAUACCUCAGUACCUGAUGGAGGCCGGCUGGGCCGCAGAGGGGAAGGUGAUUGGAGUGACGCAGCCUCGACGUGUUGCUGCCAUCUCUGUGGCAAACCGUGUUGCAGAGGAGCGGGGGGCUCUCCUGGGACACGAGGUGGGCUACACCAUCCGAUUUGAUGACUGCUCUGAUCCCCAYGCCACAAGGAUUAAGUUCCUAACAGAUGGCAUGCUGAUACGAGAGAUGAUGGCUGACCCUCUUUUGAAAAAAUACAGUGUGUUAAUGCUAGACGAAGCACACGAGAGAACUCUGUACACAGAUAUAGCAAUUGGUCUACUGAAGAAGAUUCAGAAGAAGCGGCGUGACUUGAGGGUGAUUGUAGCCUCUGCCACACUUGAUGCCAAGAAAUUCCAUGAAUUCUUCAACCUGAACGAGUCUGGAGAUCUAAAUAAGGACACGAGUGCAAUUCUGACAGUCGAGGGACGCACUUUUCCUGUGGAUGUCUUCUACACUGUCAGUCCUGUCCCAGAUUAUGUGAAGGCCACAUUAGAGACAGUGCUGAAGAUCCACGAGACUGAGGAUGAUGGGGACGUCUUGGCUUUCCUCACUGGACAGGAGGAGGUGGAGAAGUUGGUGUCUCUUCUGCAGGAACAGGCCAGGGCUCUUUCUCGAUACGGCAUGAAGAAACACCUGAGGAUUUUGCCCAUGUAUUCCGGUUUACCUUACGCUGAACAGAUGAAGGUGUUUGAGAGGGCUCCCUCUUCUGUUCGAAAGAUUGUGGUGGCCACCAACAUAGCUGAAACCUCCAUUACCAUAAAUGGAAUUGUAUUUGUCAUCGAUUGCGCAUUUGUGAAGCUGCGGGCGUACAAUCCUCGCACUGCUAUCGAGUCUCUGGUGGUCACUCCCAUCUCCAAGGCUUCAGCCAGCCAGAGGGCGGGCAGAGCUGGACGAAACCGUCCUGGGAAGUGCUUUAGGCUGUACACAGAGGAGGACUUUGAGAAGCUGCCUGCUUCGACUGUUCCGGAGAUGCAGCGCUCUAACUUGGCUCCUGUCAUCCUUCAGCUCAAAGCGUUAGGCAUAGACAACGUGCUGAGGUUCWGUUUUCUUUCUCCUCCUCCAGCUCAAACUAUGGUUCAGGCUCUGGAGCUUCUUUAUGCACUUGGAGGUCUGGACCAGUACGGCCGUCUGACUGAUCCCAUGGGCAUGCGGAUGGCAGAGUUUCCUCUCAGCCCCAUGUUUGCCAAGAUGCUCCUGGAGUCAGGGAACUUUGGCUGCUCCAAGGAGAUCGUAUCCAUCGCAGCAAUGAUGCAGAUUCAAAAUAUAUUUGUCGUGCCACCCAAUCAGAAGAAAGUCGCCGCUCGUGAGCACAGGAAAUUUGCAGUUGCAGAGGGAGACCACCUCACCAUGCUGAACGUUUAUGAAGCCUUUAUUAAGCAUCAGAAGAGCUCACAGUGGUGUCAGGAACAUUUUCUGAACUACAAGGGUCUGGUGCGUGCCGUGACUGUGAGAGAACAGCUUCGACGUCUCAUGAACAAGUUCAAAGUGCCGCGGACUUCCAGCGAGGGUGAUCCAGAUGUGAUCCUGAAGUGCAUUGUAUCUGGAUUCUUCGCCAAUKCUGCCCGCAUUCACCAUUCUGGUUCCUACCGGACUUUACGAGAUGAUCUAGAGCUUCACAUCCACCCCAACUCUGUGCUUUAUGGAGAGAAACCUCCAAAGUGGGUCGUCUUCAAUGAAGUGGUGCAGACGUCAAAGUAUUACAUGCGUGACGUGACUGCUGUUGAGUCGUCCUGGCUGGUCGAGUUGGCCCCUCACUUUUACAAGCAGGCAAAGCAUGGUUCACUCUCCAGCAAGAGAUCCAGGGUCCUGUAGGGCAACUAUCAAAAGAAAAGAAAACAACGUUACUCUUUAUUGUAUACAUAAAGGUAUUAUAUGUAUUUAUUGUCCAUGCCCACCUGCACAACUCCCUCUACACUGUGUGGCCAUGCAACAACAGGACGAAGUUGUAGAUUUUUACUGUUGCUAUUAACACUUUUAACUUGCUUUUUGGCUGUAUAUAUGGGAUUUAGCAGUAAUGUGAGAAGAGGCCAGGUGGGCCUGACUGGCACCCAUUCAAGCAUGGCCAUGUAGUUUAUACAUAAAUAUAUAAAUACAAAUAUAUGUAUAUAUAUAAACUGUAGUUAGUUUAGGGAACAGUUCCUGUGCCACAGGCCCAUCUACACCUGGCUUUAUUUUUUUUAAAAGCUAUAUUUUCUCUUGUUGCUGAAAACUAAUGAAUGACAGACUGAGGUUGUUUCCUGUUUGAGGGACUCUUAGUUCUUGCUCCAUAAUAUUCUGGGUGCCUUUGUAGUUUUAUUAGUUAACAGAACCUCAAAUUUUAUUUUACCAAACCCAUAAACUUCUGUACUUUUCCACAGAAUGUAGUUCCAUAUAUUUAGAUUUUUUUUCUMUAGACAUAGUUGCAUUCCUCUUGUUUUAAUUUAAUCUAAAAUCUUCUUAUUGUUAAUACUGUGAAUAAACUGCAUAACCCCCCUCCCCCACAUCUCCUCACCCCCCAUUCAACCAGCGUACAUCUCAGAUCUAGUGGCCUUGUCAUCACUCUGUGCCAAUAGUUGUAUUUUUAAUAGACUUUCACAUUUUAUUCUUAAAUGAAAUGUGUAAAUAUUUCCAAACAUUGUAAAUGAAAAGCUGUGAAACUAGAAUUAAGAAAAAAGUACCGUAUGUUGCUGUGAUCUCAAAAACAAAACAUUUAGAUGUGCAUUUAGGGUCUAAAAAAACAUCAUUUCAUUUUAAUGGGCAUCUUAAAGACCUUUUCUUUUAAAUAAUAUACAUUUUUCUGUACCCAUGAUCCAUUAAAAUAAUUUGAGCAUUUAUCAGAAUUACGCAUCACUUCCAUGUUGCACGUCUCCAUACUAUUGCUUUUGUCUUUAUUUUGAAUGCAUCUACAUAUCAUAUUUAUAAAUUUUCCCCACCUUGGUAGAACUUGUUCUAUAGGUAAGAACUGUAAGUUCAGUGAAAUGGUAAUUACAUCAAAGGUACUACCAUACAGCAAACAGAAAAAAGUGUACUGAAAUACAAUAGAUUUAAAAAUGAAGUACAUUUGCAUGUUAAAUGGUACUCUUGUCUAGAUCUGUUUAUUCUGUGUAUACUAAAGGAAAAACGUGCACAUCAUAACUUGUUCAUGCUCAUCUGUGCAGUUAUGUAUGCACCUAAAACAGUAAUCUGUAGGCCUGUUUGGCAUCUUAUCUCUGAGAUUAAAAUGGUCACUUAUCAUUUCAUCCUGACAUUGGUAAAUAAAGCCUUAUUGUUCAACCAGC